AGGAUCAUCUUCAUUGAAAUAGCUUCCGUGUCUCUUUCUCUCUCUGUAUUGUAUUCCAUUCGAUCUCAGUACUGUUAAAUCUUCAGAUCCAGCGAUUCUAAUGGCUUCCGCCCCAGACCUAUUGUUCGGAUUGAGAAACAACUUCUACCUUGGCGCAUAUCAGGCUGCAAUUAACAACAGCGAUGUCCCAAAUCUCUCCCAGGAAGACGCAAUCGAGAGGGAUUGUCUCGUUUACAGAUCUUACAUUGCUCUCGGUAGCUACCAGCUUGUAAUCUCCGAGAUCGAUUCUUCCGCUGCCACACCUCUUCAGGCUGUCAAGUUGCUAGCCUUGUAUUUAUCUACCCCCGCAAACAAGGAAGCUACGAUUUCCAGCUUGCGCGAAUGGUUGGGUGAUGCAGCUAUAGGGAACAAUCCAAUUCUAAGGCUUAUUGCUGGGAUCAUUUUCACGCAUGAGCAGGAUUAUAAUGAAGCUCUUAAACACACUAAUGCAGGAGGAACCUUGGAGCUGAAUGCAUUGAAUGUCCAAAUAUUCAUCAAGAUGUACAGAUCAGAUUUUGCUGAAAAGCAGUUGAGAAUCAUGCAACAGAUUGAUGAAGAUCAUACUCUUACUCAACUUGCAAAUGCAUGGCUAAAUCUUGCAGUGGGAGGUUCUAAGAUACAGGAAGCAUACCUUAUUUUCCAAGACUUCUCUGAAAAGUCCCAGAUGACUAGUCUGAUUCUCAAUGGGAAAGCUGUGUGCUGCAUGCAUAUGGGGAAUUUCGAUGAAGCUGAAUCCCUUUUACUUGAAGCCCUAAACAAAGAUGCCAAAGAUGGCGAAACAUUAGCUAAUCUUGUGGUCUGCAGUCUUCACCUUGGGAAACCAUCUUCACGCUAUCUGAACCAGCUGAAAUUGUCACAACCAGAGCACAUGCUUGUCAAGCGCGCAGCUUCUGCAGAAGAGAAUUUCGACAGAGCUGUCCAAACCAUAGCCUGAUCGAAUCGUAUCAUUUCUUUUUCUUCUUAUAAAGCUUUAUUUUUCCGCAAUUAUGAUAAUUUGCGACUUAAUUCGGGAUUUGUUGACUUAAAAAACAGUGGAAGAAUUUAUGAGACAACGCAUUCUAGUAGAAGAGAUGAUAUAUUGAGCAUUUCUAAAUUUGUUUCA